AGUUAGGGUUUGGAAACAGGAAAAGCAAGUAGUAAUGUCUUUCAGUGCCACUCCACCACCCACUGUUCCAAAUCCGCCACCACCACCACCUUUGCCUCCUCCUCCAGAUAUCAUGCCAGAAUCUUCAUCAAAUAUCGGUUCUUUAGUCCGUAAGAAACUGGCCUUGAUUUCCAUCUCACCAACCUCUACCGCUUCUACUUCCAAGCGCCGCUAUCAACAGGAAGAUAACGAGAUGGUUGUAGAUACUCCACCACCAAAAAUCAUCAAGAUCAGGGUCGGCGGGAUGAUAUUUGGAUGGGAUGUCGUAUGUGGUUGUAAGGUGAAUUACCGCAUUGACAGAAUAAAGUCCGAGUAUUUUAGAGUUUCUGACGGAAAGAAGACUACUAUAGAUGUACCAUUUUCCAGGGAGCAUAUUAACUUCGAUUGUCCCUGUGGAGGUCGGUGCGAAAUAAGUAUGAAUGUGAAGAGACAUCGAGUAACAAAGAAGAACAAAAAGGUAGUGAAGAAAAAUUAGUGCAUAUCAUUGUUAUAAUCUCAUCUGCAAAAAUAAAUUUAAAUUAUAAAGACUUCUUUUUGUUAAAAUGGUUGAUAAGAAAGAUUAAAAUUUGUUUGUAGUUA